CGUAUACUACUCACGACCAUGGACGACGGAAGUGCGCCAACCAAGUUCACUAGGCGACAAUUCCCUGUCAAGGCCGCAUUUGCCAUGACCAUCAACAAGACGCAAGGGCAGAAACUUCAGCACGUUAAUGUUUACCUCUCUCAGCACGUUUUUGGUGCUGGGCAACUAUAUGUCGGCUUCUCGCGUUGCACACACCGAUAUUUUUUUUUUUUUUUUUUGGCGAUAGCCGCUAGCCGAGAUACUGUUUUCCAGCAAUACUCUUACUAUACAAAGAGUCUUAUUCUCUUUUGUUUAGUGUACAAUUCAUUCUUACUAUUGCUUCUUGACUCUAAACACAUACAGCUAGUGCUUUUUUUUUUUUUUUUUUUUUUUUUUUACGCUUGGUGUUACAAUAGGCAAUAG